AUGGGCACUGAUAUGUGGCAUUGAUGUGCACUGAUGGGCACUGGUAUGUGGCAUUGAUGUGCACUGAUGGGCACUGUGUGCAUCAGGGGCGGACUGACAAAUCAUGUGGCCCCCGGGCAAUAGGGGAUCAUGGGGCCCCUGUGUCCUUGCCCAAACUCAAAAAAGCCUAUUAAAAAGGUACCAGGGGCAUCUCAUGGGGCCCCCUACUGACCCCGGGCCCUCGGGCAGUGCCCGAGUUUCCAAAUGGUCAGUCCGCCCCUGGUGUGCAUUU